CCUGCGCUGAAGUUGGACGCUCAAGUGUCUGAGCCACCCAGGCGCCCCAAGAAGGGGCAGCUAUUUCAUAUCACAUGAAACAUUAUAUCUAAGCCAGAAGUAGUUUCCAUCUGAGACAAGGCUCGAGAACACCAACCAGCCAAUGGGUAAGGACAUAUGAGAGAGUAAGGACAUAUGAGAGACACGGAGAAAAGAUGAAAAUAUGGAACUCCUUUCUAAUUCACGCAACGUUCUCAUGAGCUUCAUCCAUGAUCCAGCCUCAGGACAGUGGUCCCCCGUUAGGGGAGUGCCCCAAUUAGAUCUAAUCGGUCCCUUUCGGAAAGCACGCGGUCAGACAAAUCUUGGAUUUAUGUUCAUCGAGGGAUCAUACCUGGUUAUUUGGAAGGAAACCUACACGGGAGUCUUAAGAUCUCCAGCCGCCCUAAUGACAUGUAUGGCCAUCCCAUUGCCCAAGGAAUACAAGUAUUAAAAGAACAGCUCUACCCUUCCCCGCCCAGGCUGGCCCACAAGUCACGGUCACCCUCGUCUCUUCCCCGUGGACUACCUCCCGCCAUGUUCCCCUGAGCCCCCAAGGAGGGGGCUCAGGGGGCCCGAUGGCCUCCCGCCCCCCGUGGCCCCACAGCCCCCGUGGGCCAGGGGAAGUGCCUCGAAAGCCCCAGUGCCGAGGAUGGGCAACCGCACGUGGGAGGGCUGCCACGUGGACUCGCGCGUGGACCACCUCUUCCCGCCGUCCCUCUACAUCUUCGUCAUCGGGGUGGGCCUGCCCACCAACUGCCUGGCCCUGUGGGCGGCCUACCGCCAGGUGCGGCAGCGCAACGAGCUGGGCGUGUACCUGAUGAACCUGAGCAUCGCCGACCUGCUGUACAUCUGCACGCUGCCGCUGUGGGUCGACUACUUCCUGCACCACGACAACUGGAUCCACGGCCCCGGCUCCUGCAAGCUCUUCGGGUUCAUCUUCUACACCAACAUCUACAUCAGCAUCGCCUUCCUGUGCUGCAUCUCCGUGGACCGGUACCUGGCUGUGGCCCACCCGCUGCGGUUUGCCCGCCUGCGCCGCGUCAAGACGGCCGUGGCCGUGAGCUCCGUGGUCUGGGCCACGGAGCUGGGGGCCAACUCGGCACCCUUGUUCCACGACGAGCUCUUCCGUGACCGCUACAACCACACCUUCUGCUUUGAGAAGUUCCCCAUGGAGGGCUGGGUGGCCUGGAUGAACCUCUACCGGGUCUUUGUGGGCUUCCUCUUCCCGUGGGCGCUCAUGCUGCUGUCCUACCGCGGCAUCCUGCGGGCCGUGCGGGGCAGCGUGUCCACCGAGCGCCAGGAGAAGGCCAAGAUCAAGCGGCUGGCCCUCAGCCUCAUCGCCAUCGUGCUGGUCUGCUUCGCGCCCUACCACGUGCUCCUGCUCUCACGCAGCGCCGUCUACCUGGGCCGCCCGUGGGACUGUGGCUUCGAGGAGCGCGUCUUCUCAGCGUAUCACAGCUCACUGGCCUUCACCAGCCUCAACUGCGUGGCCGACCCCAUCCUCUACUGCCUCGUCAACGAGGGGGCCCGCAGCGACGUGGCCAAGGCCCUGCACAAUCUCCUCCGCUUCCUGGCCAGUGACAAGCCGCAGGAGAUGGCCAACGCGUCGCUCACCCUGGAGACCCCGCUCACCUCCAAGAGGAACAGCAUGGCCAAGGCCAUGGCAGCUGGCUGGGCGGCAGCUCCACCCUCCCAGGCGGACCAGCUUCAGCUAAAGAUGCUGCCGCCAGCACAGUGAGCCUCCAACUUGCGCAGAACUCCCUCUCCCCGCUCCUCAAAUCUUAGCCCACAUUCCCUUCCCUCCUGGUCUGAUGUAUGCAAACUGUAUGUAAAUAAGGCUGUGUUAACAUUCGGAAGAGUGUAAGAAAAUAGGAAAACGGUGAGGUUGGUGGGUCACUGGUCCAUCAUCGUCCACCGUGACCUCCUUCAGUUUAUCUGUGCCUAGCGCUGCGCUGGGUGGUACUCGUGACACAGUGGUGACCAAGAACACCGCUGGCCCUCCUUCACUCGCCCACACUCCCAUGGGGGAGACAGACCUGCCCCCAGACAGUGAUGAUCCUGACUGGGUGGGGCUCAGACAGGGAGCCCAAAGGACAUCGGACCCC